AGAAUCGGAAUUCGGAGCACACGUUUCCGGUAACCCAAAUUAGUAUCUCCGGCGAUAUAUUUUCCUCCGGCGAUCGUUUCUUUUCCAUCUAAUCGCUAAUUUUCUCUAUCUCGGACGGAUCUUUUGAGACGGAUCCUUUUGUCGUCGAGAGGCGCAGAGAGUGAUUAUAGGAAGUAAGUGGUUAAAUUGUAUCUCAUCGUAUCGGAGCUUUUAUCUGUUUGAGUUGUUUCACCAUUAUAAUCAAUUGGAAGAGCAACGGCCUCUGACAGAUAUGUUUAAGUUCUGGGGUUCCCAAGAGCAACAAGUAGAUCCAAGGCCACAGGAAAUCACUACAAACUCAUGGUAUCCUCCGUCUGUUGUUAGCUCACCAAGUUCAUCAAACCCUGCUACUCCUAAUAGCAGCAACUCUGAUACUCACACACAAAGGGUCGGAGAUCGGUCUCACUUGUCCUCUCCUGUUUCUCCCACAGAGGCUGCAGGCAUAAUUGUAUAUCUAAAAGACAAAAGUGUUGAUGAGUUACGGAAGCUUUUAUCCAACCAGGAGGCCUAUCAACAAUUCUUGCUUUCAAUUGAUCCUGUGAGAACGCAGAACAAUGUAAGAAAUGAGCUGCGGAAUGAAACAAUGCAGCUCGCCAGAGAAAACUUGGAAAAAGAACCCCAGAUAACGGAAUUGAGGAACCAGUGUAUGAUCAUACGAACAACUGAGUUAGCAUCUGCUGAAGAAAAGCUAAAUGAUCUCACUAAGCGAAAAGCCGAAAUCCUUAAAUAUUACUCCCCGGGUUCCUUGCUACACAAGCUACAAGAGUGUAUGGAUAAAACGGACAAGGAAUCCGAAGCGCUCCAUGAGCAGCUUCUCGGAAAGGAGAUUGAUCUUGCAACAUUCGUUCAGAAGUACAAACAGUUACGCAAUGUUUACCACAAACGCUCUCUCACCUACCUUGCAGCCAAGACUUCUUUGGGUGGAUGAUCAUUUUUGUCAAGCCAUAAUCAAGUUUUCGAAUGGCUUUGUAUCGCGAAAGUGGAACUUGUGUAAGAUUUGAACUUAAAAGUACCAUGUUAGUUCUUGAACUAAACUUGAUUUUGACUUAUAGCUAAAUAAUAUGUUUGACCCGUGUUGGUGAUCUUAAUGUCAUCAA